AAGUAAGUUUCUCAAUGAAAGUUAUUCAACAAGUGUCGUCUUACUCAUCUCCUCCUCCUGACUGGGAGUUAUUGGAUUUCCCCUUGUGCCCCAUUUUGUUAGGAAUGAGGAAGGUUGUCUCUAACACAGCCAACCUUGAUAAGUCUUGUUGAUGACUGACCACAAAGAACAAGACAGCUAUCGUUGCACACUAACAUGGCGCAGACCGAGAGAUAUGUACCGUACUUUAAGUUUAUACUUGCUUUCUCAGGUGCAGUUUGCAUCUAUGCACAGAGAAGUCGUGAACUUUGUCUCAGCAGAGGAUGCUUUGAGUCAGGUGAUAAUCACAUAUCUGUGACACUGGAUGGUGACAAAGUCUACUAUGUAGACUUUAAAAAAGGAGAAGUCAUUUGGGAUAGUAGAGUCCCUACAUUUUUGCAUGUUCCCUGGGCUUACAAAUAUGCAAUACAUUAUCAAUUUGCAUGCAAGAGCGAUUUGCAGAGAUGGAAACCAGACGAGUCAGCCGCAACAAAGACUAAAGAGGCCCCAGAAAUCCUCAUCUACCCCAGAGAUGAAGUGAUAAAAGAGAAAGAAAACAUUCUCGUCUGCUUCAUCAACCAUUUCUUUCCUCCGCUCAUCAACAUAAAGUGGACCAAAAAUGAUAUAGAAGUAGCAGUGGAGUAUCCUGUCAUCAAAUGCUUAGCUAAUCACGAUGGGACAUUUUAUGUUUUCUCAUACCUGAACUUUGUCCCACAAGAAGGAGACAUCUACAGCUGCACUGUGGAACAUGAGUCACUGGAGAGGCCUCAGACCAUGUUCUGGGAGGUUGACACAGAUGAGAUUAGUAUUGGUCCAGCCGUCUUCUGUGGACUUGGCGUGAGUCUUGGACUUCUUGGAUUUGCUGCAGGAGCUUUCUUUUUUGUGAAAGGAAACCAAUAUCAGGGCAUUACGGACGCUGGUGGCUAAGAUAGAUGCCACAGCAUUGUGAUCACAUCGUCCUUGGUUUGUUUCCAGCCACUGACAUUCAUUUCAUGUCUUUCCCCUCUCAAAAAUGCCCAAAAUACACAAACAUGUACAUGAAUCAAUCUGAGUCACGCACAUCUGUAAUUCACUGAAUUGUAUUUCUCUUCUGUACUGUCUUUUAAAGCGUGACACAAUCCAGGUUUGUCUUUUUUAUUUGUGUUGUCACUUGUUUAAUUGAAGUAUUUUUUUAUCAUUUAUUUUUUCUUAAUAAAUAAACGCACACGAUUGCCACUGUGUCGUAGAUAUGUAUGUUGGAGUGUAUAUAACGUGAUAUGCUUGAAUAACAAACCUUACAAUGAAGAUCAACAAGUUCUCUCUAACAAGUCCCACAAGAUUCUACUUUGGGUCAUAUGCCUGAGUCUGCAGUAUAUGCAAUAUUUAGAUAUGGUCAAAUCAUUGUAGCACUAUGUGAACAUUGUCAGAAUUUUAAACCUUCUACAGAUAUAUAAUUCAUCACAGUGAUCAUUUAGGUGCUUUGACUCAUGUCAGAGUUGGGCUGCCUCUAAUAGUGGAGAUGAUUGGUAAAGUUUUUGCACUACUUUAUAUUUCUGAAAAAUACUCUGAAGACCAACAAGCAAACUUGGGUGUUGGGAGAAUGUGAACUUGUGUCUUGCAUGAAAUCAUUUGAGAGAAAAUAAAGGCAAAGUACAAUAAUUUUCACUGUGAUCAGUCAUUUUAACAAAGUUCCUUAUUCAGAUCAUGCCAGUAAGAAACCUUACUGGCAUGAUCUGAAACCAGCAGUGGACCAGGAGGAAGAUAUUUAACCUCUUAUUUCCUCCUGCUAAAUGACUGCGUGUGAGUUAUUCCUGUUUGGUCUCAUACCUUGCGAACACUUUACCUGCAAGCUUAGUCAGCUGUCCACUUCUUAUUGCUAAGAACUUUGAGGUUGUUUUGACUUAAAGUUUUGCCACCUCAGAACAAUUUCUAAGAGCUUUCUCUCCUUGAAUCAUCUUGAGAAAAUUAUUCUAACUGUUAAUUUCUGAUAGUUUGAUAUUUGUAGAUUUUUUUGUUUAUUGGAUGAAAUUAAUCAUACCCAUUUGAUCUGUAACUGGAAUACUGUAAGGUUUCUUUAUUUCACAGAUAUUUCUUUAUUACACCAAUGACAUAUUUCCCCAUUCUGACCUCCCUCUGCUGAUUUCCAGUUCAGUGUUUUUGUUUAAUGUUUGUUUGAUUUCCAACUUCCUGUUGUCUCUCGGAUUAUUUUUAUUCUUUUUCUUUUUCAUUUCAAUUUCUUGUUUGUGUCUUUCUUCAUCUGUAUGUGGUGUUGUGUUAUUUUUGUCUUGUUACACACUUUUAUUAAACUUUUAUUACAACUGGAAGAUCCUUCAUACAAAGAACUGCUAUCCUAAACCAUGGAACGGAUUUUUGAUAAAAACAUAAAUGAAACAUAAAACAACAAUAGUGAUUGUAAUCAGAAACACCAACCAGGCAGGAAUAAUCAGUAUUAACUUCUGUCGAUAAUGUAAUAGAGAGAGGAAGUUUCAACUGAGCAAAAGGGCGAGUGCAUUCUUUCAUUUUCUUGACAUGUCAGUGCCGCAUUUAUCUCCGACUGCCGCACAUCAGAGCAGCUUUGUUCUUGUAGUUUCCUCCUCGUGGGACAACAUGCAAAUUCAUUUUCUUUUUUUGUGGCUUUUUGUGGUUUUCUCUCUUUUCAGUCCAGUUUUCUUAGAUGGAAAUUAUUCACAGUUCCAAGCAUGUUGUAUAUUCAAUGAUCGAGACUUUGAAGAAGUAGAGUAUAUAGUCACGAAUCUCUAUAACAAGAAAUUGAUGAUGGAGUUCAAUAGCACUAGAGGCAACUGGACCGGGUUCACAGCCUAUUCCAUGGAGAUAGUAAAAAAUCGGAACAAUCCACUUGAUAGAAUACAGAGGGAAUU